AUGGUAUCAUCAUCUACACAACAUGAGCGGCCACCUAUUUGUCACACCGCAGCCAGAACCUCGAGAUGGUGGUCUAAGGACUCGAUAGCCAUUGUUACUGGAGCGAACAAGGGUAUUGGAUACGCGUUGGUUAAACGUUUUGCUGAGUUGGGAUUAACCGUUGUGCUAACUUCUCGAGAUCAAUCUAGAGGUUUAAAGGCCAUGGAUUCACUUAAGGAUCUAGGACUUGACCGAAAUGUUCGAUUUUUUCAGCUUGAUAUAUCUGAUCCGGUCUCCAUUCGCUCUUUUGUUUCUUGGUUCCAAUCCAAAUAUGAUGCAUUCGAUAUACUUGUGAAUAAUGCAGCCGUAUGUUUCAAUGCCAUCAAUGAGAACUCAAUAGACCAUGCCGACACCACGAUCAACACUAAUUACUACGGGUCAAAACAUUUUACAGAAGCCAUGUUACCCUUUCUUCGUCGUACGCCUUCAAUGAGCCGCAUUCUUAACAUCAGUUCCCGGCUUGGCACAUUAGAUAAGCUUAAAAAUGCACAAAUGAAGGAGAUACUUGAAGACAAAGAAAGAUUAAGCGAAGAUCGAAUAGAGAAAGUGGUGAGAAAGUUUUUACAAGAUGUAAAGGAAGGAAGAUGGACGACGCAAGGGUGGCCAGAGAUAUGGACGGAUUAUGCAGUUUCCAAGCUUGCUUUGAAUUCAUAUUCUCAAGUUUUGGCACGGAGAUUACAAGGCGUGGCAAGUGUCAAUUGUUUUUGUCCCGGGUUUACUCAAACGUCGAUGACAGAUGGUAAAGGAAAGCAUUCGGCCGAUGAUGCUGCAAAAAUGGCUGCGGAAAUUUCUCUGCUUCCGACUAACCUUUUGACUACUGGCAAGUUUUAUUCAGGAUCCACGACUCGUGGCAUAUGUUCGAAACUGUAGAGCUAAUUAACAUGUUUGA